AUGAACGGUCGCUCUGAGAGGAUUCCCCACCUGGGGAGAAGCAACCCUCCGGAGGGACCGAUGAAGCACCCUUCUAAAAAAGUAGUACAGAAAAAAAUGGAAACCCAAAUUAAACGAAGAGACGACAAUACCACAAAACAGAGACACAUGCAGAUCGGAGAUAGAGUUGUGAAAAUCAUCUUCACCAGUGAUAAGAAAAAAAGGAAGGAACAAAAAAAAAGAAAAGAAAUUAAUAUGCUCAUAAGUCAAAAAAGAAAAAAAAAAAAAGAAUUUGAAAAAAAGAAAAAGAUGGUCCGUAAGAUGAAUAACAUGAUUAGGACAGAACGGGAAAAAGGCAAUGUGUAUUUUUUACCAAAAAAAUUUCGACCAAAAAAAAAAACCAAGCGGAAGAAGCUUAUCUUGCUCGAGAAGGAAGUAAAGCAAAGUGUCUACAAUGACUUACUGAGGGAAACUCAAAAUGGAGGUUCCAGGGGGCAACUCAAAAUAACACUUCGCCAUAUGGAGAGAUUAUCAAAAUGUAGCAAAGAAGGCUACAUAAAAUUUAUUGCUAGAAAAGUGAGGUGCAGAGCUAUGGGACACACCGAUUCUGCUAACUAUAGAUGGGGUGAAAUGAAAAAGGAGGAACGAAGGAGACGUGAUUCAUGGGAUGGUCAGCAUUUGGAAGGAGCCUCCACUAGUGCAAUGGUUGAUGAAACAAAAAUAGGUGAAGAAGUUGCCCGCGUGAGAAGGUUUCUUCUCCUGUGGGGGGGUAAAUUCCCAAGAGGAGGUGUGAAGAGAAGUGGGAUCGAUGAAUCAAUUCGAAAAGACGCGGAAAUUGAAACCCCCCAAUGCGCAGAUAGCGUCAACCCCAGUGAGGCAGAACAUGAUGAGGGGGAUCUCGUCAACAGGGAAAAAAUAAAAGAACGCAUUCUCAAGAACGAAAAAAUUAUGAACUACAUAAAAACCACCAAAGUGCAAAAAAAAACGUACCUUAACGAGUAUGUAGAUCAGGUAAUAACGGAGGAGCUAAAUAAUAUGGUUAAAUCAUUUUUGGAAAAAAUUUCCAAAUCGCAGGAAAAACUGUUUUUACUGAGAAAAAAAAAGAAAAGGUACUACUUGGGUCUUCGGGAGAGUUACAGGCACAUUUGUAUAGACAACCCGAAGUUGGUUCUUUUGGCGCCGAACAUUGAACCAAUGACAAACGGGGUGUUCGAUGACCAGGUGAAUAAAAUAAUUUGCAAGUGUCGGGAAAAGGGCAUACCCUUGGUCUAUGCUUUAAGCAAGAACUUGCUCGGUAAAUGCAUUAAAAAAUCUAGGCAGAGCGUUAUAUGCAUUGUAGACAACGACUCCUACAUAAGGGAGUGCGAAGAGAUUGUGAGGUUGGCAAACUCUCUCAGGCGUCAUGCUCCUGUUAGCACGCAUGACAUGACCAUUAGUUCCACUCUGAGUGCACCCUGA